UGUUAUUAAUAUCUAGAAACACAAGAUAAUUUUUUGAAUGUUUAAAGAUUUCUUAUGUGAUUUUCAAUAUACCUUUGUCUCUUCAAAAUAAUAUCUUCAGUAUGAACAUAGUCAAAAUUGACAAUUAUAUCAUUGCAGAGUUGGUACUCAUUCUUUCUUUCCGCAUUAUGCAAGUAUAGAUUCAUAUUGGACGAUAUAUGUUCAUACACAGAAAGUAUACUUAUAUAUUUACUUACUAAACAGAAUAUUCGUUCUCCUGCGCUUGUAUAUAAGAUUUGCGAAUGACGCAACGUAUUCGAAGAAAAGUUAUUCAAUUACAAAUUUGUACGAACUUUGUAUUAUUCACCGUCAGUUCUUUGAGAGAAAUGGAUAAACCUGUGAGCACCGAUUGCGAAAAGGACAUCACAGACGUUGAAAAUUCGAAAUCAGUUCUGAUUGAUACACAUAUCAAAGAACUUAUAAAAUUGAGCAAAUUGAAUGAAAUAUUCAAUAAAAAAAUAGAGUAUUCGAGAAAUCAAAUGUCGAAAUUGCUGGGAAGUAAUUGUAACAUCGAAAUGAAUUGCAAUAAGCUAGCGCAGAAAAUAACCGACAUGGAUGCAAAAAUAUCGGAGAAUACAACGAUUCACAUUACAAAAAAGCAAGAAAUGAAAGAUUUCCAAAAUAUUAGGGCAAACUUGUCGCACAAGCAAUGGGAUAAUUGUUUAUCAGAAAUAGGAAACUAUGCGAAUAAUUUUUCUCAGUGGAUAACGGAUUAUAGCAGAGAAGUUUUGAUGAAGGAUAUUAGAGAUCAUCAGGAAGAAUGUAAAAAAAUUGGUGAAGAACUUACUAUUCUGAAAAAAGAGUUAGAUGAUAUGAGAGCAGAAUGCGAUUCGGAUUAUAUUGUAGCUAAUGUAGACGUUAAUGACUUACCCAGCAUUAAUGGUGUAAUAUCUGAUAUCAAACCGAGCAAUAAUAAUUUAAUGGACGCCGUUAGAUCAACAGAAAAUACAUUAAACAAAAUACAGAAAAAGAUAAAGCAGAGGAAGAUUGCAGUUAAUGAAUAUGAAACAAAAGAUAAGUCCAGUAAAUUUUAAAAUAUUUGUUGUUUAUUCUUAUUCUUUUUUAUUUUUAUAAAGGUAGAUU